AUGGGACACAAUGGCAAAGAUGAAGUUAUGGUCCAUGAGAUCGAGGCAUCUCAAUGUGCCAGUGCUAUGGUUGAGAUAAACAUCAAGACUCUGGAUUCUCAAAUGUACACCUUGCGUGUAGACAAAUGUGUCCCUGUUCCCGCGUUGAAGGAGCAAAUUGCUACCGUUACUGGCGUUGUUACAGAACAACAGCGCUUGAUAUGUCGAGGAAAAGUUAUGAAGGAUGAUCAACUCCUAUCAGCCUAUCAUGUUGAAGAUGGCCACACUCUGCAUUUGGUUGUUAGACAACCCAUUCCACCAUUAUCAGAGAGUUCAACUAGUAAUGCAGCGGCUGAUCCUGCUUUGAGUGCUGGUGAGAGCCAGGGCAGUCAACGAUCACGAGUUGUAGUUGGAUCCUUCAACAUUGCUGAGCAAGGAGAUUUUUCAGAUUUUGGUCUUGGACAUCAGAUUGUUUCAGCUGUUCUGGGUUCACUUGGGAUCUCUAAUGCAGAAGGUGGUAUUGAAGGGCUUGAUGCUAUGGAGAGGCUGUCUCGGAGUUCUGCUCCUAGUGCUGCAAGAGAUUCAUCUGGAGGACGAUCUGUCACACCAAAUGCUGAGGACCAAUCGUCUACUCAACAAGCAGCGAUUCCAGAUUCGUUGACAACCUUAUCUGAGUAUCUGACUCAUCUGAGACAAGAAUUUGCUGCUAAUGGUAGCAAUGCUAAUAACGUGCAAGAUUCUGGAAACUCAACGGGCAAUGUGCAAGCUCCUGGUUCUACUACUGGCGAGAGUCGGAUCCCAAGACCAUCUCAUUUGGUUGGCGUGCUGGAAUCGGCAAGGCAAUUGUUGACCGGUGAAGUAGCUGAUUGUAUAUCCAAUCUCACAAGCCAGCUCGUGGAUCAAGUAAAUGUGACAGAUCCAGCAACCCGAAGGUCGUACGAGUCAAACAUGCUUCGAUCUGGAGCACUCUUGGAGAAUGUAGGAAUUUCUCUUCUGGAGCUUGGCCGUGCCGCCAUGAUGCUCCAUUUGGGACAAACACCAGAUGAUGCUGUUGUGAAUACUGGGCCUGCAGUGUUCAUAUCUCCUACAGGGCGAAAUCCCUUACCGUCCCACUCCUCUCGGCUGGGGACUAUUGGACAAGGAGGAGUUUCACAGGCUCUUGCCUCUGCCCCUAGAAAUAUUGAGAUAAGAAUACGCACAGGAUCUUGGGUUCCCUCUAGUGGGGCCAACCAGAGAGAAGAAGUAACUACACAACAAGCUCCUGGACAGUCGACCCCUUCUGCGCCCAGCGGCGUUACCGAGUCUGUCCCCUCAAUGAGAGGACCAUCUGAACCUCCUCGAAAUCCUGUGGCUUUAGUCAUACCCGUUAUGGCUAGAUAUCAGCAGGUAUCUCUUGGUGAACGUACCGCUUCUGGAUUGGAUGGUGUACAUCAGCCUGCUGCUGAUUCCUCUAGGCAGCCACAGAGCGCUAGUACUCCCGCAAGAGAAGGUGAUAGCAGUUCUGCUGCAGGCGGUGGAGGUUUGUCUGAGUUAAGGAACAGAAUCAAUCAGUUCUUGAGGCCCUUAUCUCGUCGAGAACAAGUUCAAGUGGGGACCCGCGAGCCUCAGGUUGCAGCAAACCCGUCUACCGCAGCAGCAUCCACAGAGACAAACGAAGCAGUUGCAAAUGCACAAGCAGAGCCGGCAAGUGGGACGACGGAUGAAGGGAAUUUCCUAUCAAGUGUCCUUCAGCAGAUCAUGCCUUUAAUAUCUCAAAACGUGCCUUCCUCAAGCUCAGAUGAAGCUGCCGGCAGAGGCAGCAACAGCCGUAGACAAGCAUCUUCAAGAGAGGGGGAGGAAGGAGUGGAGCGAGGGAAUUCAAGCCGGAGACGUGAACCACCAUCGCAUCCAGAUUCAAAACGUCAGAAGAGAGAGUGA